AAGAACACUGAUUUUUACUGAUUACGUGUUCGCUAUAGUAUUUUAUUUUCGUGGUUCGAUAAUUUAGGUGUAAAAAUUAAAACAUAAAGGAAACCCAACCCAGAUGCGAAAUUCGCCAAAAAUUACAUAUUCUUGGAGAAAGUUUUUCAAUUUUCAUAUGGUUAAAAAAGCCACAAAACAACAACCAUUAAUAUAAGUUAACAUGUUUGCACAUCUGGUGAGCGCUUUGAAUAGGCGUUCAAUAAUUUUUAUAUUUGUUGAUUGAUUGUAUUGACAAAGCUGUUGACAUUGAAAUCUUCUUCAGAGAAAAGUGCGACUAUAUUUUAGUAUAUACAUCCAAAAUGGAAAUUAUUAAGCAACUUUUACGUAUCAUUUUCAUAGGAAUUGCAUUUUCACCAGGAGAAAUAACAUGCCUGGAGUUGACGGCGAAUAAUGUGGACAAAUUUUUAAAAACUGAAAAGUUUUCUUUAGUUUUAUUUUACGCACCAUGGCAAAGUGAGUGUCAAGAUGUGAUCAAAACAUUUCAAAAUAUCGAAGAAUAUUUUGAAGAUAUUUCAGACGUUUUUAUUGGUCAAGCAAAUGUUUAUAGAGAUCUUAAACUUGCAAGCCGUUAUCAUAUUGAAGAUUAUUGUCUCGUUAAAUAUUUUAUAAAAGGAAGUGACGUCCCAGAGAGCUAUGAAGGACAACUGGAUGAAGAUUCUCUCAAACAUUUUGUCAAAAAAGCUGCACAUCUCGAAAUUUCAGAAGACGCAUUCAGAACAUCUUUGAUUGAGCUGAACAGUGAUAAUUUUGAUAGGAUUAUCAAAGACGAAAAGAAGACAGCGCUGGUUUACUUUUACGCACCUUGGUGUAUAAAAUGCACGAAUUUAACAAAAACUGUGAAAAAAGUGGCAAGAACAUUCCAGAGCGAGCCUGACUGCAUCAUAUCCAAAAUAAAUGGUGAGUCGAACUAUGACGUCACUCUUGCUCAAAAGGUUGGGGUGUAUCCAACGUUUAUGUUCUAUCCGAAGCAUGAUAAAGACGGCGUGAUGUACUUGCCGGGAAAGUUUGAUGAGAACUGGAGUGAAAAGAACAUCACCAAGUUUAUGAAUGUUCAUUGUCGAUCAAAGCAUGUUCAAGAUGGACUACUGGACAAAAUGCUUGGGGUGAUUGACGAACUUGACUUGAAUACGCGUCAUUUCAUUUUGAACCAAAAUAGACGCAACGAAUACAUGCGAGAAACCAUUUUGAAAAUUCAAAAACUAGCUCCAUACAAGAGGACCUCAGCUGAUGUAUACGUCAAGAUCAUGAAGCAAAUCAUUCAAGAUGGAGAUGUUUAUUUAGAUAAUGAAAUACAGCGAAUCGAAAAGCUUCUCCUUACAAAGAUGCUACCAGAGAAACAAAAUGAACUGAAUAAAAAGAGAAAUGUGCUGCGACAAUUUAAUUUUCAUCGAAGGGAUGAACUGUAGCUAAACAAUAUUUGCAAAGCUUGCCAACAUCUUCGAAGUCAAAUUUGUAACUUUAAUGCACUAGAUUAGCAUGUCAAACUUAAUCUUUAUUAAAAUAAACUUUUUAGCCAA